AGCGGAUCGAUGGUAAUGCCGCGGCCCGUCAAGUAAUGAUCUGAUCAUCAUACGGCAUCCCGCUGAUGGACUUCCCACACACGUAAUCCAGUGCCCUUUCUUCCCGAAUCCAUCCACCACGAUGAGCGCAACCUGGCGGAGCGUCUUCACCUUCAACAAAUACUCUCAGAUCACCGCCCGCGCGGUCCGCAACUCGCUCAACGAGUCUGCACGCCUGUCAGCGGAGAAACGCGGGUUGACUUCUCUGCGCUACCAGGAGUGGGAGGGCGGUGUCGGUGGACAUCAGACGAUGCUCGUGCCCGAGCUUGAGAAGGAUCCUUCGAAGGGAACUGCUGCGGUCUAAGCGUCUGUACCCCCCCAACCGGCCACUUAGAACUUGGGAUGGUGGUGCAUUUGACGUAUUGAUCAUACAAGGUUGCAUAGAGUCGUGUUGUCAUGCAAGCUCAAAACAUAAAACUCUGCUGUGAAAUGCCUUGAAA